AUUAAAACAAACUUAAGAUAUUAAUAUAUAUAUGAAUAUAUAUAUAUAUAUAUAGCAUCUUGAGUGUAGAACAUGGUUGUAAAAAAAACGCCGGCAUAAGGUACUGUAAACUGAAAUGCACUUGCUCAAUGAUUUUGUAUGUCAUUAAAUAUUUAAUUUUCCAGCUUGUACGUAUGGAUGCAUAAAUUAACCUAUCCUGAAUAUUGUCUGUAUGAAUGUAUAGAUUAAUCUAUCCUGCUUAUUGUCUGCGUUAAUCUAACUGCACGUUGUCUGUAUGAAUGUAUAAAUUAACCUAUCCUGAAUAUUGCCUGUAUGAAUGUAUAGAUUAAUCUAUCCUGCUUAUUGUCUGCAUUAAUCUAACUGCACGUUGUCUGUAUGAAUGUAUAAAUUAAUCUAUCUUGUAUAUUGCCUCUAUGAAUAUAUGAAUUACUUUAAUUGCAUAUUGUUUGUAUGAAUUAAUCUAUCUUGCAUAUUGUCUCUAUGAAUAUAUGAAUUACUUUAACUGCAUAUUGUUUGUUUGAAUGUAUGAAUUAAUCUGUCUUGCAUAUUGUCUCUAUGAAUUAACCUAUCCUGCAUACUGUCUCUAUGAACAUAUAAAUUAAUCUAACUGCAUACUGUCUCUAUGAACAUAUAAAUUAAUCUAACUGCAUAUUGCCUGUAUGAAUGUAUAAAUUAAUCUGUCCCCUAUAUUGUUUAUAUGAAUUUACAGACUAAUAUAUCCUGCAAAAUGUAUGCAUGAAUAUAUAUAAAUUAAUCUAACUGCAUGUUGUCUAUAUGAAUGUAGGAAUUAACCUAUCCUGCAAGUCACGAUAUGAGAACUUUAAUUUUAACAACUUAUUAUAUCUUAUUUCUGAGGCGGGUGAUAAUUUUAUCAGAAAAAGAAAUGAAACUGCAAACUCCGCUGUUUUUCCUCGUCCCAUUUAUUGUAACAGUUGGAGUUGUUUUUGCUUCCGACUAUCGAACAAAACGAGAUGUCCAAUCUGAUUUUCCAGGCUUUGAUUGGCUGCAAUCGUUUACUCCACUUGGAAGAGGAUUUUCUUUUACUAUUCAAAUACCAGAUUUUCAAGCCUACAGCACACAACUAUUGAGAAGUAUACAAGGUGUUCUGCAGAAUAUUCAAUCCACCUUAGAAAGUGAAGUCAGAAGCUAUCCGGAUGGAACCACAUCAGACGUAUUUUUCGUCGACGGCAUGAGAUGUAAUGUGAAAAGAUCUGUUAGGAGAAGCAGAGAAGGAGAAGCUUUUGCAUUUGCCAGUGGGUACAGUUGUGUGCCAACAUAAGCAGAAAGGG